ACUACAAUUCCCUAGACCAGCGCAGCUAGAGGCCGCUUUCAAAACUGGCGCUUCACUUCCGCCACGCAUUGCCAGCCACCACCAACUACCAACUUCUGUGUGAAAAUGUCUGGAGAUAACGUGGGUGGUAAAGUUGGUAUACCAACUAACAAAUAUGUUUCAUUACCUGUGUCCCGAGUGAAACUAAUAAUGAAAAGUUCUCCGGAUGUUUCCAAUAUCAACCAGGACGCCCUCUUUUUAACAACAAAAGCAACGGAGCUAUUCGUGCAGCAUCUCGCGCAGACGUCCUUCAAAAAUGGUUCUGGAAAAGACAAAAACUCCCUGUCAUACAGCGACCUCGCCAAUGUCGCAGAAGCGACAGAGAAUCUCCAGUUUCUCACCGAUAUCCUUCCCAAGAAGAUCUUGGCCAGGGAUUACCUGAAGUCUUUGGAGGAGAGGCAAGAGGAAGAUGACUUAUAAUAAUAACAAUCAGCAGGCUGAGCAGAUUUGCACCCUUUAAGUUUCUACCAACCCUUCACUGUGGUCUUACAUGGCUGCAAUCCCCCAAUCCUGUACCAAUCAAAUGAGCACCCCCAAAAAUACAUGUGUUAGCAGAGACGAUCUAUAUUAGAAUAGAGAAUCUUUGGUAUUAGGUCCCAGAAAAAGGAGAACCGAUCACGGGAAGGCUCAGAAAGCAGGUUACGUUUUACUUUACAAAUUGUUUGUGAGAUUUGUUUGUGAUUUGAUACUGCCCACAUACUGCAAAGUUCAGAUGUCCGUACACAUCUGAUGUAUUUAGAGAGGCACUAGCCCAACACAAGGACCAAACCACAGCAGGGAAGCACGUUAUCAAUUGGGCUUCCUGUAGUUAUUUGUACUUCACUGUUCUGGUGCGUAUGUAUUUAGAGAUAUAUUACUGUAUGGACAUAUUUUUGUUUGUUUUUAUAAUUGCAUAAUUUCAACCGGAAUAUUUGAAAACAUUGCACUGUAUCAGGAUUUUGACAUUCUCAGGUCAAAUGGUGCUUUUUUGUCAGAUUACAAUGGUGCUUCCACUAAAGGGUAAACAAAAAAAUAUGCAAUCGAAAGAGGAUGCCAUGCUGUGCUCAUUUUGAAUGGCAUUGGUAAACAAUACCUGUACCAAGUCCAUCUCAGGGUAUUAAACGUCAUUAACCAUUUAGCAAGGGCAUUACUUUUAUUAAUUUUCUCUGCAGGAGUUCCUGUCUUUGUGUGUUCGCCAAAUUCAAGCAAAUAGGCUCCUGUAUCUGCAGAGGGCUAAGACGCGUAUAAACUGUUAACUAAUAUCAUACAGACCAUCUCAGUGGAAAAGUAGGAGGUUUCAGUCAUCUGUUAUUUUUUAUUUAUUCAUGCUGUGAAACAUCCAUACACUCUUACAAUAUCUGUCAUAACAGUCAGUGAAACGUUGUGUGUAAGCGCCCGUAUGUUUUUUUAUAAUGUGUAUAUAAGGUGUCGUUAAGACUAGGCUUGUCACACACUUUAUCCUUGUCUGACUUCUGUCCCAUGCAGAGUGUAAGGUGCAUUGGUUAGGUUUGUGUGUCUGAGUAGUGUAGUGUUCAUACUAUAUGAUGACGUUAUCAGACUCUAGUCUAUACUAUGUAUGGAAAUAAAGUUGUUUGUGCAUAGUGUG